AUGGAGGCCAACAUGUCCGUGCGUGAUUUCUACAAGGGCCGAAGCAUUCUCCUCACCGGUGGGACUGGUUUUAUGGGCAAAGUGCUGGUUGAGAAACUUCUCUAUUCAGUACCUGAUCUUGGGAACAUUUACAUCCUGAUGAGACCAAAACGGGGGAAGUCUGUUACCCAACGCAUAGAAGAUAUGCAACGAUUGGCGCUGUUCGAUCGUCUAAGACAAGAACGUCCGUCCGCAUUGAAGAAAAUUAAAGCUAUACAAGGCGACGUUUUAUUUGAGAACUUCAGUUUAUCAAAUGUUGACAUCGAGGAGUUAUCUAAGGAGGUGUCCGUGUUCUUCCACUUUGCAGCCACCUUGAGACUGGAGGCUCCUCUGAAAGAUAACGUGAACAUGAACACUUCUGGGACAGUCAGAGCGUUGAACGUAGCGAGAAGAUUGAAGAAUUUGGCUAUUUUCGUUCAUCUCUCCACGGCAUUCUGUUACCCGGACUAUGAAUCUUUGGGGGAAAGGAUGCAUGCUCCACCAGCCAGACCCGAAGACGUAAUGCGCAUAAUAGAAUGGUUGGACGAUAAACAACUGGCUGCAUUAACACCAUCGCUGUUAGGAGGCCACCCCAACUGCUACACAUACUCGAAGAGGUUAGCUGAAAACGUUGUGGAGAAAGCUUACGAAGACCUGCCUGUUGUUAUUGCACGUCCUAGUAUUGUGUGCCCGACUGUAACCGAACCAGUGACUGGUUGGGUGGAUAACCUGAAUGGACCAGUGGGUUUAAUGUUGGCAGCAGGCAAAGGUGUCAUCCGCACUAUGCUAUGUGAUGGCAGUUUGUUCGCACAGGUCAUACCUGUAGAUACAGCCAUCAACGCUGUGAUCGCUAUAGGAAUGUACGAGGCCACAAAGAAAGAGAAAUCUCCAACCAUUCCGGUAUACAAUCUGAAUAAUGGCCAUCAAAAUCCUACGACAUGGGGUGAAGUGUUAGAUAUAGCUAAAUAUUAUGGACGUAAAUAUCCUCUGGAAUGGCCAUUGUGGUAUCCCAACGGAGACAUCACUACCAACAGGGUGAUGCACGAAUUCUACCGGGUCUUGUUCCAUCUUCUACCAGCUUAUUUCAUUGAUUUACUUAUGCUUCUUUUAGGACAAAAACGAUUUAUGGUGAGGAUUCAAGACAGAAUCAGUCAAGGGUUAGAAGUGUUGCAAUAUUUCACUAUGCGCCCGUGGACAUUCCCUUGUCCAAAUUAUGACGCGCUCCAAACAAAAUUGAAUGACGAAGAGAAGGUCAUUUUCAAUAUGGAUCACAGGACGAGUGACCGCGAGGAAUAUAUGAGGAAAUGCAUCGAGGGCGGCCGCGUGUACUGUUUGAAGGAAGACAUUACUAAAAUGUCAAGAAACAGGGCCCAUCACAACAUCCUCUUCCUAUUGGACUGCGUCGUCAAGUUUUUCUUUUGGAUGCUGGUUAUUUCGUACCUGGCGUCGUGGUUCGAGCCCAUCAAGGUCACGCUGUCGUAUGGCGCUCCUGUGGUCAAGUACUUGCCUUUCGUAGGCAAAACUGUGUUCGGGGAUAACCAGAAUUAG